CCCCGGCGCGCGUGAUGUCAGGCGGCCCUGCCCAGCGCAGCCAGAGCGCAGCCGGGCGUCUUCGGCAGCAGCAGCGACGGCUCUGGCUCCGCUUCCCGAUCCGAAUCGGAGCUGCGCUCCCGGGAGGUUGGGCACCCGUCGGCGGCGUGGCCUGGGCAGCGAGUCCUGGAUGCCCCGCGCUGGGCGACCGGCCAGGGGCUCCCAUUGCCGGGGCGCCGCGGCCGAGGGGCAGGGGGCUGCCCGCCACCCACCGCCGCCAGCACAAUGAGACGGCGGAGGACCCCUGGCGACGUGCUGUGCACCCUCGUCUUCCUCCUCUGCUACGCGAGGCCCCAGGUCUCCGAGGCGGCAGGAACCUUCGAGCUGCAGAUCCGCUUUGCCCGCAACGAGAAAGGGGUGCUGGCUGACGGGCGGUGCUGCCGCGGGGGCCUGGAUCCGCCGUGCCCCGUGGCGCAGCAAUGCCACGCCUUCUUCCGGGUCUGCCUCAAGGAAUACCAGCUGCGGGCUCUGCCCGGGGGGCCCUGCGUGCUGGGGGCCGCCACCACACCCGUCCUAGGGGGCAAUGUCUUCUCCACCACUCACCAGAAGAAGAGUGAUCACGCCGGCAGGGUGGUGAUCCCGUUUGAUUUUGCCUGGCCGCGCUCGUACUCUCUGGUUCUGGAGGCCUGGGAUGCCGCCAACGCUUCUGACGUCACCAGCCAAGGCGGAGGGCAGCUGAUGGAGCGGGUGACCCGUUCGGGAAUGCUGAACCCUGGAGAAGGCUGGCAGGACCUGUGGCAUCACGGGCGCAGCACCUCGCUGGAGUACCGUGUGCGGGUGCGCUGCCAAGAGCAUUACUACGGCCCGGCCUGCAACUUCCUGUGCCGCCCCCGCGAUGAUUUCUUCGGGCACCACAGCUGCGACGCUGCGGGCAACAAGGUCUGUCUGGACGGCUGGACGGGAGACGAAUGUAAACGGGCCAUUUGCCGGCCGGGUUGUCACGAAACGCACGGGACCUGUGAGGAGCCUGGAGAAUGCAGGUGCCACUAUGGGUGGACCGGUCAACUCUGCGACGAGUGCAUUCUUUUCCCAGGCUGCGUCCACGGCAGCUGCACCGAGCCUUGGAAGUGCGACUGCGAGACCAACUGGGGGGGCAUCCUCUGCGACAAAGAUCUGAACUACUGCGGGUCUCACCGUCCGUGCAAAAACGGCGGCACUUGUGCAAACAACGAGCCGAACGAGUACGAGUGCCUUUGUCCCGAUGGAUUCUACGGCCGGAACUGCGAGGAAGCUCUCCUUCCGUUACCCGUUGCCGAAUUAACUUGCGCUUCCGAGCUCUGUGCCAACGGCGGAACGUGCCUCAACACCUCACCUGGUUUCCGGUGCGUGUGCCCCCCAGGAUGGAGCGGGGAGCUGUGUCAGCACGAGGUGACCGACUGCCUCUCCCAGCCCUGCAGCCACGGCGGGACUUGCAAGGACCUCCCUGACGGCUUCAAGUGCCUCUGCACUCCUCAGUGGACAGGGAAGACCUGCCAGAUCGAUGUGAACGAAUGCCAGAAAAACCCAUGUCUCCAUGCACGUGGGUGCAAAAACCUCAUCGGGGGCUAUUUCUGUGACUGUCUGGAUGGCUGGACUGGAACAAACUGCAAUAUCAGAGAAAACUCUUGCCGGAGACGAUGUCGCAAUGGAGGGACCUGCCAGGUGAAAGGCGGAAGGCACCUCUGCACCUGCCGGGAGGGCUUCACAGGCGCAGAGUGCGAGACGGAGCUGAGCACCUGUGGUGGCGCCCCCUGCCUGCACGGAGGGCAAUGCCAGGAGACGGAAAACAAGACCUUCCUUUGCAACUGCCCUCCCGGGCUUAGUGGCAGCCGCUGUGAGGUCUUUGUGGAUCCCUGCUCCUCGAACCCGUGUCCCGACAACGCUUCCUGCGUGGGCAGCGAGGGCAGCUACGUCUGCUCCUGCCCCGAAGGCGCUACUUGCCGGCAGCUGCGAGACGCCUGCCUCGACGGCGUGUGCCAAGGCGCCGCCAACACAACAAUCCUCUAUGUGCUGCUGCCGCUGGCUGCGCUGCUCGUCCUGUUGGUCCCCACCUUGGUCCUCCUGGCGCUGUGGAUCCACCGCAAAUCCCAGGGGACUCCUCCAGCCGCACCGGAACCCGCCACCAACAACAGCCUGCAGCCCGAUGCCGUCCACCUGAUCCGCAACUUCACCCACGGCGACGCGGAGCAGGGGACCCGGGGAGGAGGAGGCCACGGCCAAGGCGGGGCGACCCCCAGGAACGCGCCCGCCCUGCGGGCUCCCAAAGACAGACAUCUCCAACGAGGAGAGGGCCAAACUGAACCGGCUGAACGCCGCUCCGGCCUUGCCGAGGCCUCUGCUCUGACCCAGCGGGAGAGGGGACGGUGUUUCAGCUGUGUGCAAAAAAAUUAAAAAGGCGGAGAGGGGAAUUGGACCCGCAGAGGAGGACUCCGUCAGCACUGCGAUCAGGGGCUAAAGAGCCCAGUGGCACUGCCCCCCCCAAAAAGUGGGGUGUGCGACCCCCAAAGCACCUUCCUGACCAAUCAAGCCUUUUGUAGUAGCAGUCCGUCCACACUUGCCCAGCGCUGCUGUAUUUCUGACUUGGAAAGGAUGCCAGAGUUCCUGUCUGCCUUUCACUGUAGGGCAGCGAGGAGCAGCUUCUGUGAAACACGUGCAGGCGGAAGCCCAACAGGUUGGGUCACCGGAUAACGACCCCGCCCCUUAAAGGGGGAUCGGUUGGGGAGAUUAGUUCUCUGGAUGCGAGGAAAGCCGUCCCUCCAAACUUUAGUCUGGCAAAGGCAAUAUGGAAGCCGGGAGGAUUUUGGCUCCGCUGCCGGACUUUUCUCAGAGAGUCCAGGUUGGCCGGAGGACAAUGAAAAGUCACCUUGCUUCUGCU